UGCCCCCUUCAGUGUCCGGCGCGCCUCCGUCAAGCGUGCUUCGGCAAAUAAUUUGUCCAAUCCCAAAACUAAAUAUUAAAUAAACUACCAGUAAAUCGGAAAUGAAUGAAAUCACUGAAAGGCUCGCAUUAUUUUUUAAAUUUUUUCCAUGAAAUAACAAACGGUAAAUGAUGUGGGAACUGGAUUUUUUGACCACGAGGAUUGACAAUUAAUUAUCAUUUAUUUGCAAUGACGAUUAACUGUGUUUUUCAACAUAAAAAAUAUGGAAAAGCCAGUGAUGAUAGUGUGACGAGAAACAAAUGUUGGGGGCGUGAAGUAUAAGAGGGGAGAGGAAUUUUUUUUUUGAAAAUUUAAAUGCCCCUCAGUAGUACCGGCUUUAGGGAUAUUAGUGGUGAAUUGUGGAGUACAAGAAAGUGUCCGAGAAAAUUGAGAAGACCUUGAGUAAAUGAGUAUAUAAUAAACAAUCCGAUAAUUGUCCGGUAAUAGCGAGGUAGAGAGUGAAAUUGGCGGGAAAUAUUGAAAAAGUAUAGAGUAAAAAUAGCCAGAGGGUUGAAUUAAUUUGGCGAAUGGCCGUCGAGUGGUUAAAAAACCGUAAUAAUUGGACAAUUAAUAACGAGUCCUUGUGCUUCUGGUAAUGCGGUGUUUGGGCGAUGAUGCAUUUAAUCCGUCGUCGUCCAUUACCAUCGUUAUAUUCACCAUCCGUGAAUUUAUUGAUAUUAUUAAAAUAUUUAAAACUAAUAAAAUUAUUAAAAACGAUAAAUACACUGAAAAAAUUGAUAAAAAAUAUUGUAAAAUUAAUUUGUUAUUGCAGUGGUGUUAUUACACAAGGUGACUCGUAUUCGAUAUGCCUGAAUUACAAUUAUCAAAAUAUAUUGUUUAUAAACAAUGUGAAUACAAUAAACAAUGGUAUUACGAUUAUUUGUAUAAACGUAAAACAACCACGUACUACAGAAAUAAUAAUUGCUGUUGUGGCCUUAAAUUAUUACUCAUUGUAAUAUUUACAUGGUUAAUUGUAUUACCAAAUAGUGCUAUUGGUAGACAAACUGGUGGACAUCAUCAUAGAACAUGUCCUGGUUGUCCACAUCAGCAUGUACAUAAUAUUAAUAGUAAAGAGUCUGAACCAUCGCCCGAUGAAUUGCGUCUUGAGGCAAUUAAACAUCAGAUACUGAGUAAAUUGGGACUGAGGAGUAGGCCCGAUGUUAAUAAAACAUUGUCACAAGUACCGAGACAUCUGGCACUUGAGACACUUUACAGGGCUGAGGCACAACCAUCCAGAUACAUCGAGGAUAGACGAUUUAUGGAUGAUUAUAGUGAUUAUUAUUAUGGAAGGGAGGAUUACACGUAUAGAAAUGUACAGGAUGAGAGGAGUACUCAGGGUCCAACCAGUACACAAGGAUUUAGGGAGAGGGGUAAUGAGGUGGAGGUGGAUGAUUUCUAUGCUAGGACGUCGGAGAUUAUCACGUUUGCUGAGCCCGGACGAACGUUAAAUGGUCUACCGCUCCUUGAGUUUCCAAUGUCGAGUGGUGAACCAGCUUUGGAGCCGGUGAGAAUCAAGAGGGCGACGCUCUGGGCAAGAGUUGAAUUGAAACGCUCGUAUCAUUACAAACAUCAUCGACGACAGUACAAUCACAAAAACAUCACACUCUGGGUAUUCAGGGUAAAAUACGGCAAUAGGACGCAUCUCCGUGGAAAGGAACUGAGUGAACAUCUGGAGAUGGUGACAUCACUGACAGUCAAUGUCAACCAAUUAGGAUGGCAGAAAUUCGAUGUAACGAGAGUGGUUAACACCUGGUUCACGUCGCACAGUCAUUCGCGUGAAAAAUUGACGUUACUCAUCGAUUGUACGAGAUGCGGUACAAAUGUCCAUAUAUCGACCUUUGGAACAGACUCGCUGAAUGUCAUUGAGUUGUCCGUCGAUCCAAAAGGUACUCAAGAUCCUGAUAGGCCGUUCCUGGUGGUCCGUACGGAUCCAACAGCUGUCAAAAGAGUACGGAGACGCGCGAUAGAGUGCAGUGGAGCUGUCAAAGGACAGUGUUGUAAACAAAGGUUUUACGUCAAUUUCUCAACGCUGGGUUGGGAUGACUGGAUUAUUGCUCCUCAGGGGUACUACGCGAAUUACUGUCGAGGCGAUUGUACAGCUGGUCACAGAACACCAGACACAUUCCUCAAUUACUACACCCACGUAAUCGAGAAGUACAGGCAGAUGGACAAACUGGAUGGUAUGCAGCCCUGCUGUGCGCCAGUUAAAUUUUCAGCAAUGUCCCUCAUCUAUUAUGGGCCAGACUCAAACAUCAUAAAGCGAGAUUUACCAAAAAUGGUGGUUGACGAGUGUGGCUGUCCGUAAUUUUCCCCCAAACAUAACCACCCACUUCCCAUUUAUAUUCAUAAGAAUUUAGUGAAAAUCCCAGAUGAAAAUAAAAGUCUCUAAAGAAUCAAUUUUUUUAGCUAAAGUGUUUUUCCCACAAGAAAAAUCGUGUGCGAUUUAUUCCAACAUUUUUUAGGUCGACCUAUAGCUGAUGAGAAAAAAAUCAUUGAGGGAAAAAGUGGCUCUCGAAUCUAGUUAGGAUAAUCAAAUUAAAUUUUUGCAUAAAAGCUUGAUUAAAAAAUGAGAAUGAUAACUGCUGAUUAAAAAUGAAAUAAUAUUAAUGACAAUUCUUACUGAGAGCUUAAGUCCUUUCGUAUUAGUGGGCAAGAAAAAAUUUACUGAAAUAAAACAAAGUAAUAAUUCUCACACGAUAUAUAGUGUAUAUAUGAGGUGAUUAAUCUGAGAGAUAUUUAAUGAUUAAGUAAUAUUAAUGUAAACGAUAAAAAAACUCAAUCUAAUUGCCUUGUUUUUUAUGCGAAAUAUGAGGGAAGAGUAGUUGAUGCAGAAAAUCAUGAUGCAUUAUUCAUGAAAGUAUUGAAAUUUACAAGAUAAAGAUACGAAUGAAAGUAUAAAUUGAUAAUAAUAUUAAUAUUCAACGCCAGAUUUAAUAUUAAAUAUUAUAUUGUAUAAUGUAUAUAUGGUUUAUGCGAUUUUUUCGCACUCGAGGUCAAGUGAGAUGUUCCAAGUAUUAUUAUGUUGUUCUCUUGAAAUUUGUUUUUGUGGAAUUUUUUGGCUACUGUAUCGGUUAAUGCGAGAGUGAAUGGACAUUGAUGAAAGAAAAAUUAAUCAUUCAGAGUUCAAAGGCCAAGGAAAUUAAAUUGUGAAUUCAGGGUUUCGAGGGGUUGAUGAGUAAAUUUUGAGAAUUUUACAAAGAAAAUGCAUGAAUUAAAAAGAAACGUGCUGUCUCACGAUUUAAAGGAAACAAAUAGUUAAAGUGAAUUUUCCAUUAAUACUUUAAAAUAAUUUAAUAAUAAUGAAAUUGAGUCUGUACUAUAAUCUUAGGGCAUUCCAUAAGCUAGGUAAAAUGAAGAAAAUAAUUUGGGGAGUAUUGAAAAAUGAAAAUCAGUCGAAAUUUUGGGGAUUCGAGAGAAAGAACGUGUGGGGGAUCGAAGAGUCAUUGAAAUUUAAUUAAGGAAAAAAAAUGUGACAAUAAAGGGGGGAUUCAAGAGCACGAGGCGGCUUUUCUUUUGAAAUCGAAUUUGUUUGUUAUUGAGAAAAAAAAUUUGACUGAGAAAAUAAUUUUUACCUCUUUUUUCUUGUGAAAAUUUCACGUAUUGGGGAUCGAUCACUGAUAGAUCAAUUUAAGGGGAGAUUUAACGCGGGGAAAAAUGUUCUCAUUUCUCGAGAGAAAAUAUUUGCUUCGAAUUCAGUCUCAGAAAUGUGAUUUUGGAAAUGACAAUCAUCUCCACCGACUCGAAAGUACAGGAUUGACUUUUUUAAUUGAUAAAUCAUAUUAAAAGCUUAGGGUAUUUUCAUUCAACAAAUAAUUUUUUUAAAUGUUGACUUCUUAAUUGUGAAGAAAAAUGAUUCAUUGGGAAAAUACAUAUUUGUCGAUUAGAAAAAUUCUAAUCUCAAUUUUUAACGGUCAGAGCCGGUAAAUCACGGAAAAAUACGAUUUUUGGACUUGAUUUUUCGGGCAAAGCAAUUUUUUUCUCCGAGCUGAACCUCCUAUUAAACAACGGACACCGAAGAAUUAAAAAAUUAAUGGAGAUGUAUGUAAAAAAAUCCGUGAGACAAGGGCCGAAAAAAAUUGUUUCACAUGAGCAAAAAAAAUAAAUUGAAUAAAGUAAAAAAUAAAACGGGUGAAACCAAAAUUACGAAAGUGACAAACCCACGUAGCCUUACUGGGCCUUACUAAGGUUAUUAUCGCAUUACUACUAAAUUUAAUAUUUAAAUAAAAAACAAUUUAACAAAAAAAAAAGCAAGAAAAAAAGAAAUACUAUUUACGCUAUUUGAAUAUCCAAUCGAUAAAAAAACACAUUAACAUGUACACAAAAGCAUUUUCCCGCGAAAAAAAAAAAACGAAAUUGAAAAAUAUAGAUAUGUAUAUUUAAGAAAAAGAGGGAGAGACAUUUGCCAUUUUUGAAGCUAGCCAAAGAAAAACUAUUGCGUCCAAUUUAAAAAGCAUACUUUGAUAGUAUAGAACGGGAUUUAUAUAAGUAUUUGAAAGUUUCGAAGUGUGGGAGGAAUUUUUUCGACGGCACUUGAUUAAAUUAAAAUGAUCUAACAAAGAAUGAAGCCUUCAUGAGCUCAAGGACUGUUUAAACUACCCGUAUUGUACUUUAAAAAAUCACUAAAAUCGUAAUGAGGUUGCUCUAAUUAAUGGAACAUUGAUUACCAAAAUAAUUGAGGAAAAAUCGAUGUUCGAUUAAUUAUUCGGGCCUGUUAUGAAUUAUUUAUCAUCGGGAGCCGACACCUCGGUGUUGCAAGAUCGCAGAACAUUUUUAAAAAAAUUAUCAAUCUUUUCCGUCAUUCACGAAAAUUUACGGAAUUGCCCGAGGAUUUCUUCCGGAAAUCACGGAAUUUUCCGGUAAUUUUUACUCAGCAUUUCUAUCGGUGGGCAAUUUUCCAGUCACGGGAUUCCCAGAAUCGGUGGGUGGGGCGUGUGACAGUCGAGUCUCCAUAACCCAGGGUUUUUUUAAUGUCUCGUUAACGAAGGAUACGAAUAAAUUAAUUAACCGACAACUUAUGUUCACAGAUGAAUGAUUCAGUAAUUGCUUCAUAAGAAGAGGUCUCAGCUCCCGUUAAUUACAAGAAAAAGAAAAUAUUCGCGGCUUCGAUUUGAUUCCAUGGCUUUUUUGAAUAAAAUGAAAAACAAGUAUUGAUGAAGUACUCUCAAAAUAUUAAUAAAAAAGGAUAAUAAAUUAACUAAUAAGGUGAAAAUUUUUUGAGCGAUGAUUGAAAAAGUGCGGUAUAUUUAAAAAUAAAAUACGAGUCCGUGAUAAUAACUGAAAAGAAAAUGCGCGCGCUGUAAUUUCGAUGCUCUUUUUUCAAUACAAAAAUUAAUUAAUUAAUUAAAAAGAAAAGAAUGAAAAAAAAACACAUGAAAGUAUUAAUGGACCCCGUACUGUUGUAAAUUUUUAGGCAAAAAAAAUAACGAAAAUGUUAUAAAUUUUUUCUUCUACAAUUUUUGCUAUGAAAUGAUGAAAAACUUUAACUUUUGAGCUUCUCCGAAAAAAAAAAACUUUGGAAAUGUUUGAGAAAAAUAGCGAGAUUAAGAAUAUUAAUUCAAUUGAUCUGUUAAUUGGAAUGUAUAAUUGAUUAUUCAUUAGUUUUUCAUUCGUUUAUCACUGGUAAAUUAAUUUCCGAGUGGAUAAUACAUGAAACUUUUGUGUAAAUGACAUGACAGAAUAUUGUAUAAACGAUAAUAGUAAUUAAUUUCAUUGCUAAAUGCCAAAAAUGUGGAAUUUCGAUUAUUCCAAUUGUCAGUGAAGUAAUUAUGAAUAACAAUUAACUAGAAUAACAAUUUUUUUCUACAAACCAAUUGAAAUCCCACGUCAGCAUUUUCCAUGUUUCAUUCGAUUCAACAGUCGCAAUAAAUAAUUACUCCAUAUUUUCCAUUAAAAGCUUUGACAUAACAAUUAUUAUUAUUAUUUCUUCAUUAAUUGUCAGGAUAUGGUUUAUUGGGAUGAAAGACAAUGAAUUUUCUUCUUCGAAUUCUUAUAAAUACACAUAAGCCGUUAUAUAAAAGACGAGGAAAUGAAGGUAACUGAGAAAACCGAGAAAAAAAAUCAUUUAAAAAAAAUAAAAAUUGUAAAACUUU